AUGAGCGGUGAAAAGCAGGCCUUUUUCGUGGAGGCGCAGGACGGCCGCAAGUUUAAGAUGGUGAUCCGGGGCGACCUCCGCAAGCUGAGUGUGGCCAAAAUACGCCGCUACCUGAAGGCGUACGACGUGAAUGGGGAUUGGGUCCUGGCGUGCCGUGGCAGUCCCCUGCCGGAUGACAUGCUUGGUGAGGAGUUCGGUCUCGAAAACAAUGGACUGCUGCAACUUUGUGAUCCCGCGGGCCUGGCGGCUGCGGGGCCGGAUAAAGGCCCUUUUGCCCUCGAGCGUCCGCCUACUGACGGCGCGGCCACGGAGGAACCGUGCGGUAGCAGUGCGCCGUCGGCGCGCAGGAGUGCCGGGGCCCGCCCCUCGGCGCCCGCGACGGUGCCUGAGGCCAGCGGGAUGCCCCAGGGGCAGCCGCACGCUGGAAGAGCGCCGCCGGAGGAGGGGUUGCGCCCGUCAAGCGAGGCGCUUGCUCCACAACUGGCGCAGGGGGAUCUGGGCCACGGCGACGCGAGCGCCCGGGCACUGCAGAGCGCACACGACAACCUUGCCUGCCUGGCCGAACACCUGCGGGUCGCCCUGAGCCUCGAUCGCAACCUCACCUGCGUCGUGUGCAAUGACGAGGAGUACAGCAUUCUUGUGACCUUCGACCCCCCGACGAGGCGUCUGUACGUGUACUCGACGGUGCUGACGGCGAUCCCCGAGGACCGCGCGGUGCGCACGAAGCUGUAUGAGGUCCUGCUGGAGGGCAGCCUCCUCGGCCGUGAGGUGUGUGGGGGCGGUAUCGGCGUGUCCCUACGGGGUGGUCUUGUGGUGCUGUCCACGUCGAUCCUCACGGCGCACUGUGACCGGGAGACGUUGAGGGAGGUGAUCCCGACCUUCGUGGAGGCCCUGAAGCGGUGGCGCUCUCUUGUGGGGGAACUGGUGGGAUAG